GCAUGACAUAACCUUUUAAUUUUCACUUUUGCGAUACUUGCGCGUAUUUUGUCGUAACAACAGUAUUUUGAGUACAUUUUUAAAUAAAUAUAAUAUAAUUUUGUACUAAAAACACUAACGAUGUAUUUAACGCGCCGGUUACCACGACUUUACACGGGCACAACACAGUUGCUGGCCAAGAGCAGCGGACGUUUCAAUAGUACUACAGCCGCAACAGAAGAUCGUAUUGAAAUACCGAACCGGGUACAACGUUCUCCAACUGACAUAUUAAAUGCAUUGGCUAGCACAGUGGGGCGUGAUCCUACCGCGCCACAUUAUAAAUAUCAUGAUGAUUCCUAUUUAAUACCGAUGUCCAAUGUGGGUAAGCGUACAUUUGCCAUGGCACAGGAGGCCGGUCGUAAAGCUGCCAAAUUUAUAAGAGAUGAACAUCGUGAUAUCUUUAAGCACCAAGAAGCACAACCGGCUAUUGAAGCAUUUGCCCCAAAAUUGGUAUUUACUGAAGAUACCGAUGUAAAUGCUGAUACACUACAGAAUGUGAUACGACACUCGCAAGUUACUGAUGCUAUUUUCAUAUACAAUUUGUUGAAACAAAAAGGUAUUGAAAUAACCAACGAAACGAAGCAACAACUGCUCGAGCUCAUAAGCUUUUACAAUAACGAUGAACCAUUGCCGGAAGAGUGGAUAGAGGAACGUUGGUUUAAGGCAAAUGCAGAUGCACGUGAACGCAAUCGUAAAAUGUGGAAAGACGGUGAACUAGCAGAACAACUUUUCGCAGAAAUCGAACCGAAAACUGCGCAAUCUUACGCGGCGCUGAUAAGGGGCAUGGCGAAGUAUUCACAAGCUGAACGCGCUUAUGCACUGCUACAAGAAGCUACUGAGAAACAAUUUGAGUUGGACACGCAAACCUUCAAUGCCAUUAUAAGUGUGUCGAAUUUCUUAAAAGAGACAGCGGAUCAACGCUGGGAGCUUUGCCGAGAUUUACUACAACAAAUGGCACAACAACAAUUGCGACCUAACUUGGGCACAUUAAACGCAGUGUUAGAAGUAGUUAGCACAUUCGGCAACUUCAAAUUGGCACGCAGCUCGGCACUAAAAGCGCUUGCCGAAUUCAAACAAUUGGGACUUGAACCAAGUCUAGGCACAUACUACUAUCUGCUGAUUAUUUUCUGUCGCGAGCGUGGUCCUGUUUCGCAUAUCAUUGUCGAUAUCUUGAAUGAGAUUAAAGGACGUGAAUUUACGAUACAACACCCAAAGGACACAUAUUUCUUUGCAACCGCCAUGGACGUGUGCCGUAAUCACUUACAUGACAAAUCCCUAGCGAAAAAGGUCGAUGAACUACUGCAUACUGGCAACAACUACGAUUUGAUUGGUGAUACUUAUAAAGAGUCGGUAUAUUAUCGCCAUUACUUUGCGCUGCUCUCUCAGACCGAGUCCAUCGAUGAGUUUAUGAAAAUAUACGAUUUACUUGUACCGAAUGUGUACAUUCCAGAACCGGGCAUUAUGGAAGAAAUAUUGAAAGCCGUUGAAAUGCAUGGCGCUGUCGAACUGAUGCCGCGCUUAUGGUCCGAUAUGGUGAUUUUCGAUCAUAUCACACGUGAAAGUUUACUCACACGUACAUUGCAAAUAUUAGUCGAUAAUCCCGCGCACACCGAUUUACCAGCACAUCAAUCUCUGCCCGAACAAGUUGGUAAGAUCGCGUUGGACAUUUAUCAAAAAAUUGCUGAUACAGAAGGACGUCGGUCUAAGGACUUGCAGUUCACAGGCAAGAUGAUUGGUGAUAUUCUUGUGUUAUUGGUGCGUAGUGGUGAUUUCGAAAAGGCGAGUGAUGUGUUUACGCAUAUCGACAAAAACCAACAUCGCAUACCGGGCACACCGUCCGAGAAAUGUCUGCAGGAAUAUAUUGAUAGCUGCAUUGAAAAUAAGGCGCCUACGAAGGCUUUAAUUUGUUUGCAAUAUGCUGUCGAGAAUAAUAUGGACUCACAGCCAAUGGCCGAAAGAAUCAACGCUGGCUUCACCCUCAAUGAGGUACAUUUAUCGAAACUUAAAUCACUGGUCGGCGAAAACUUCGUUAGCAAGUGAAAUCGUUAAAACUGAUGUACUAAAGUUAGUUAUUUUGUAUUUAAAUUAGUUGCGUAAUGAUUGAGUAUCUUUGUUGUAGCAAUAAAGUGGAUGCUUAAAAAUAAAUGUAAAGUUUCAAGAAAUUAA